UUUAAGAUUUGCUUUACAAUUAUCUCUUUAUUCUCACAAUAAAAUGCUGAGAGUUCGGUGCUAUUAUCCCCAUUUAAUAUGAAAUAUUUUCUAUUAAAACAAAAUCUCGGACCAGUAAAAUAUCCUAGGCUGGAAAACUUCUGUAAAGAAAUGGGAACAGAGCUGCUGUUUCUGAGCCUUUUGUUUCUUCCCUAUAUAAAAUGGGAGCAGGGUGGAUAAUUUUUUAUUCUUCUUUAGGCUUCGUGGUGCCAUAGAAAGAAUUCUAGAUUUGGAGUUGAUUUUUAAGGAUUCAAAGCCUGAUUUCAUCACUUCUGCCUAUUUGACCAUGCACAUUUCAUUUGUAAAAAGGUUGGAUUACAAUAGUAUAUAGAGUCCUUUUCAGUCUAUGAAUUUAGCUCCUAUGAAACUCAUCACAAACUUCGGAGCUCGCAUUUAAGAGGGUUUUCCAAAAGAUGCAUGGGAUUAAAAAAGAAGGGAAUGGCCAGGAAAAGUUCGUCUUCUCAACACAAAACUGGAACAGCGCACUGGGUGGAGCUCCCGGGGAGGAUUUGGGGACAUAAACCUGGAAAGUUACUCAGUCGAGCGGGUGGAUAAGAUGUUUCAUCAUUUGCCUAGAAUGAUUCAAGCAACGAGCGCAGGGUACGAGAUUCGGACCUCCAACUGAAAAGAAUCCCUAAAAUCGAGUCGGAGGCUAGGGCGGCCAUCGGCCCCCGAGUGCCGGAGAAAUUAAGUCAAUUGGUUUGAGCUGGAGAGUGUUGGCAUAUUGCUCUCUGCCACCUACUGGUCCUAAUGAGUAAAGUCUACUUAAGACCUGAUUCCACCUGAUGCUCUAAAAACUAACCUAUACCCCCGCCCCCCAAGUCAUUGGCUCAAUCUGACUACCACCUACGGAAGAGUCGUCACAUCCUUCCCCCUCCUACCCACUUGGAGCCUGCAGCUCAUGGGCUCUGCGCUCGUUAGGAGAGGCAGGGCUAAUAAAGUCUGGUACUCCCAAGAGCUUCUCAGCCAAUCAUGGUUUACUAGAUACCAGCGCGGGGGAGGAGGGAGCACGCAGCUAACAGAUUGGCAGGACCUCGAGCCACUGACUUAGGAUGACAACUUGAAGCCUUGUUAAGGGCUGUCGAGUAGCCAAUAGCGUUCGCAGACUUGGCAGAAAGUAGCCAAUUCGGGCGGGAGGCGGAGCCUUGGCGGGGGAGGGGAGAGAAGCGCCAGAGGCCGCCGAGGCAGAGAGCAGCUGUGGAGAUUCCCGGAGCAGUUGGCAGCUAUGAGUUACACAGGGUUUGUCCAGGGAUCAGAAACAACUCUACAAUCUACAUUUUCUGACACUACUGCCCAGCCCACAUGUGACUAUGGAUAUGGAACCUGGAAUUCUGGGACAAAUAGAGGUUACGAGAAUUAUAGUUAUGGAUAUGGAUAUGGUCAGGAUAAUACUACCAAUUAUGGGUAUGGUAUGGCCAGUUCAAACUCUUGGGAAAUUCCUAACUCCGACACAAAUACAAACCCUAAUGGUUCUGCUAGCACCGGUACCGAUAAUGUUCUAUCCAAAAUUAACCAGCGCUUUGAUGUGGUGUCUCACCUAGAAACUGACAUGAUGCAAGGAGCACUAUAUGGCUCAAGUGGAGACAGGUAUGAUUCCUACGAAGCGUAUGACUCCAGGGCUGCACUGAGCGACCGUGAUCUGUACAGAUCCGGCUAUGAUUACAGUGAGAUUGACCCUGAAAUGGAGAUGGCCUAUGAAGGCCACUACGAUGCCUACCGGGAUCAUUUCCGCGUCCGUGAUGCCUUUGGCCAGCGGGCACAGGGCUGGGCCAGAGAUGGCCGCACUAAUAGGCCUAUGGCUACGGGCUAUGGGCGCAUGUGGGAUGAUCCUAUGGGGACCCGGGGCCAAUGUGUACCGGGUUCGUCCCGCCUCCCAUCCCUCUUCUCUCAGAACAUUAUUCCUGAAUACGGCAUGUUUCAGAGCAUGAGAGGCUCCUAUGGGAACAUGCAAUUUGGCUUCGGACUUGGCAAUGGGAUGAAACAAAUGAGAAGGACAUGGAAGACCUGGGCUACUACAGACUUCCGGAAUAAAAAGAAGAAGCGAAAACAAUCAAAUAGCACUGAUGAACCUGACAGCAAAGCAACUAAGACAGAUGGUUCUGAGAACAGUGACUCUGACAAUGAUGAGGGGACUGAAGGUGAGACAGUAGAAGGAACGGAAGCCUCUGAUACAACUAGAAAGGAUUCCAGAACGGAAGGAGAAGAAGGAGGAAAAGAAGAUGGAAAGGAAGAAGGGAAGGAAGAUAAUGAAAAGGUUCUUCUCAGUGGCUGGCAGUUGUUGACGUCCGAGCCAUGGCCCCCUCGUUCCAGUUUUUACGGCUCUGGUUUGCGUGUCCUCUCCCUUAGCGCCUCUCCAGCCCCAGUUGGGAAUCCGUGUCCCCCAACCCGUGUGAUGAGCACCAGCAGGAGCACUGACUAUUCAGGAGGAAAUCAGUCAAAUCAAACGCAAAUUGCAGGCUGGCAAGAAGACUCAAGAGAAACAGAAGAAACGGCAGCGAGAUCGCAUGGUGGAAAGGGCCCCCCGAACUGGUGUUUGCCUCCGACUCAGACUCUUGCUCUUGCUGGAUCUUCCUCGGCCAAGCCGGCUCCGGGCCCCUGGGCUCUCCAGACAAAGCUGUUCCCGUGGCCCAGAUAUGGACGGCAGAGGAUCCAAUUUGUGUGUUCUCUCUGCAAAUACCGGACCUUUUAUGAUGAUGAGAUGACCAACCACUUAGACAGCAAGUUCCACAAGGAACAUUUCAAGUUUGUAGGCACUAAAUUGCCAAAACAGACUGCAGACUUUUUGCAGGAAUACGUUGCUAACAAAACCAAGAAGACAGAAGAACGACGCAAAACCAUCGAGGACCUAAAUGGUGUUAUUCAGCAGAUUUAUAAAGAUCAAGACCUUACUCAAGAGAUUGCCAUGGAGCAUUUUGUGAAGAAAGUUGAGGCAGCUCAUUGUGCAGCCUGUGAUCUCUUCAUUCCCAUGCAGUUUGGGAUCAUACAGAAGCACCUCAAAUCCAUGGAACACAACCGAAACAGAAGACUCAUGAUGGAACAAUCCAAGAAGUCCUCACUCAUGGUAGCUCGAAGUAUCCUGAAUAAUAAGCUCAUCAGCAAAAAGCUAGAACGUUAUCUUAAGGGUGAGAAUCCCUUCACGGAUGAUCCAGAAGAAGAAAAGGAGCAAGAAGAAGGAGAGGGCAGUGCUCUAGAAGAAGGAGCUGCUGAAGGGGAAGAUGAAAACACCAAGGAGAAAAGUACUACAGGAGAACCAGAGCUUCAGUCAGGAGACCACCAGCCACCUGAAGUAACAGCAGGGGCUGGAGAACAAAUUCCAUCAAAAAGUUCAGUAGAGGAACAGUCGGCCUUGGAGUUAUCCCCAGAGGAGGAACCAUUGCCCUUGUUAGGUGGUGCCUUGCAGCAGCAGAUCCGGGGUAUUCCUGGCUUAGAUGUGGAAGCUGAUGAGGAUGAGGGAUGAAGGAGGCAACUCUUCAGGGAGAGCUUAGAUCUGUUUCAGAGCCAUCAUUGAAUCUUUCUAAGAGUGGUAGAAUGAGGGAAUUUGAUAGCGCCUACCUGGAAACCUGAUCUCAUUCUGACCCUUGAAAGCCUAGCCUCUUUUUUGGUAAAUGCUUAUGGAAACUGAGUGAGAGAGAAAGUGUGAGAGUGUGUGUGUGUGAGUGUGUUUUAUUUUGUUUUGUGGUGGUUGUAGGAGGGGUGUUACGGAGCAGGAAUAUAGAGGACUGGGUGGUUUUUUUGUGUUUUUUUUUUUUGGUUUUUUUUGAAACUCCCAAUUACAUAUGUUUUGAGCCUCUGAGUUCUGAGAUAACCUUUUUUUAGGGACAUCUUUUAUAAUAUCUGUAAUAGACUAUGUGAAAAAGUGUGAGCUCCUGGUUUUCUUCCUUAGGGAGCUUUGUAUUUAAUUUAAAAGGUAGGUUGGUUCUGGUUUUGAAAGGGCUUUCUGGGGUAAAAGAAAUUUUCCUGUUUUUAGUUCUGCCGUUGGUCCCAACAACAACUCUUGCCUGUUUUCAGCUCUUUCUUUGGCUGGAAAGCCAAAGUCAGCAUCAUAUUGUUUGUAAAAAUCUGAAAUAAAUGUUCAUUCGUAACUGA